CGGGAGGGUGUUGAUGAUGUGACAUCUGGAUAUAACGAGAUUUAGUAGCGCACGGCGUGUUUAUCAGCCGGCCGCUGAACUCUAUGGGAAAUCUUACUGGCCCCGCAGAAGGUUAAGGGAGCCGUUGAAUGUGUGUAGUUACGCUUAGAUCUCUCCGUUUGCGUAGAAGGGCCAAUGGCCGUGCUUGACCGUGCAAAGUACCUGCGUUUGUGGCUCCUCCAGUGAUCUGGCAAGUGAAAGAAGUAUUAACUAAACGACACAAUUGUGGGAUAUGUACAUACAUAUAUAGGUAUAUGGAUACAUUUAAAUAAGACACCACUUAUUCCACACUUUGCGUAUCAGUCGGCCACAAAGGUUUGUGACGUAGAUUUCAUCUAAUGGCCACUUAGUUCCUUCUCGGAUCGGUGUGUACGGAAGUGUGAUGUAAAUUGGCGUUACCGCAAACAAGAUGUGUUUGUAUUUGAAGGACACGAUCAUUCAGUGCCUUCAAGUAUUAUCCCCUUCUUACGGUCUAUUUUGCCAAGGUUAACCUUUUGCCAAAUUCUGACCGUCAGACGCUGCUGCAACCGAUAUGAAACAUACCGUACCGUAAGGGAGUAUAUACCCUUCCAAAACAAUGCACGAGCAGGGAGAGGGCAACAAAAAGCGAAACCGUUUGAAGAACAUUUGAAUAGAACAAAUUGAAAGCAAUUCAUACCAGCAGUACGCAAAUAGCAGCCAUAGACGCCAAUUAUCAUAUUAGAAGCUUAUAUAAAAACGCUUACCAGUGUGCCAUGGAGUGUGAAGCGCGAUUGUUGGCGGAUGAAACGAACGCGAAUAGCUUUUUACUUAUUUUUACACAGCGUUCUUAACAGCUUCUAGCGUUUAGUGUUUGCAACGGUGAGCAUUAUUAAUUUUAAUGAGUGAAUAUUUGUUGAUUGAAUAGUGUCGCCUGCGAUGAAUUAUCGGGACCGUGUGUGUAUAUUGUUUUCAAAAUUUUACAUACACAACAAAGUCAGCAUGCCGAUCGAUGUAUCUACGUAUGUAUCGUAUCGUAUCUACGGAAAACAUAAACAAUUCAAUGCAAUUUAAAAAAAAUAGUAAUCCAAAACGUCACGAGACAGGAGAAGAUUGACAGGACUACUGGUACUGCUGCGAAAACGACCAUUUUAAGUGAAUUCAUUGAGGUGGUGAAGAAACUCUGCACACAGCAACACGAGAUGCUGGAAAUUUCAUUUGGUAAUUGCCACAGAACAGUCUGUUGCAAAAGCCCAACGGAAAGCAUAUCCGGUGAGAUUGGAAACGAAGGAAGAUUGCGUGUGGUUGAGCCAAGUUCGUUUUCCGGUGUGAAAUAGUGUUCGGGGAGUCAUAGGACAAUAGACCGCCAGAGAAAAAGAGCGACAACUAGGAAUCAACAAAUUGGCACGUGGGCCUUUGUGUGUGUACGUGGAGUGGAUAAGAGCAUAUGAUGGCAAAUAAAAGAAUUAAAAAGGAAUUAGAAGAUUUGCGCAAGGACCCACCAUCACAAUGUUCAGCCGCUCCUGUCGGUGAUGAUUUGUUCCACUGGAGAGCAACUAUCAUGGGCCCGCCAGAGAGUCCCUACCAAGGAGGUCUCUUUUCCUUAACAAUACGUCUGCCCAUCGACUACCCAUUCAAACCACCAAAUGUGGCUUUUACGACACGUAUAUACCAUCCAAACAUAAACAGCAAAGGGGCGAUCUGUCUGAACAUUUUGAAAUCUCAAUGGUCUCCCGCUCUGACAAUUGCGAAGCUGUUGCUGUCCAUCUGCUCCCUGCUGUGUGACCCCAAUCCCGACGACCCGCUGGUGCCAGAAAUCGCCAAAGUGUAUAAAACCGAUCGAAAAAUGUACGAUACGCUGGCUCGGGAAUGGACAACAAGGUUUGCUAUGUGAUGCGUUCCAGACAAAAUUCGCCGCGCAACAAAUCCGGGAACAUAGCAAUACGGUCAGGCCGUUCUUUAUGAAUAAGAAAAAAAUCCGGUAACAAACGCAUCAACCAGUAAAGAUGCAGGAUGAAGCAGACGCGGUAUCGAGGGAGUUGACAUCAUCAAAAUUUGCUGUAACAUCAGACUUGUGCUUGCAGUAACACAAACAGCAACAGCAGCAGCAGCAGCAACAAAAUAACAGGAAUGGUCCGUACUUCUCUAACGAAUUGGCGAGGAAUGCGGAUGGGUUAAAGGGCGAGGGCAAUGGAAAGAACUUUUGCGUCCAUUGAAUGUCCCAGUGUGCUAAAAUAAUAAAAAUUGGACCUCAAGAAGAGAUCAAAAAACGUAAA